UUCCAGAUGAAGAGGGGCGAAGAUGUCAUUUCCUUUUUUCCUCUCUCAUAUGUGCUCAUUCAUACACAACAGAAGCUGAAGAAUCUUCUGUCUUUUGGGAAGGAAUAAAAGGAAAUGGUGUUUCAGCUUGCUGGCGUGAUUUUCUGGUUAAUUACAGUGUGAUGCUUUUGAACAUGUGUAGACCCCUUUCAUGAACAAAACCUCAACACAGUGAAGUUGAAUUAGAGUCAAAGCAGGCAACAAAAGUUUGCUUUUGCUUCACACCAGGCAACCUAGUACCUGCUGCCUAAGAGAUGAUAACAUGGUGAAAUUCAUUCAUUCCAUGGCUAAAGGGCAAGCGCUCGGAUUAUAGAUUCUAUCAACAUCAGAUUUUCCAGAUGUAGUUUAAAAGGUCUGUCUUCAAUUAAAUGUGAUACAAUUGACAACAACUUUACUGCUCUGUCCAGAAAGGAAUUCAUCUGAAAAGAGGUAUCUAGCUGCAGUGGCUAGAUUUCUUCUCAACAGCCAUUGUUUGCCUUGUGUGAUUUAGAAAGAGAACAGUCGAGAGUAUUCGAAGCUGCAACUGCAACUGAUGAUUCAUGAAGCACUCCGCUGAAGCUGCCCUCUAGAAUACAACAUUAAAGGUGAAGUCUUCAGUGCUCAGAAUAAAUGGAGAACAAAGAUCUGCCUCUCAUCGCAAAUGAGUUUCAGGAAAAUGGAUCAAUGUAUGAAGAAUCACUUGAGUUUGAUGGAAGGAAUCUCUCAAAGCUGAACCUUUGUGAAGAAAGGCCAGCUGGAAGGCGAGGGACCGCAAGCAAUUUUUGCAACCACUGGAACUCAAUGGCAGGGAUGAAGUGUGCGAUAGUAGUCCUGUAUCUCCUGGUUUUCCUCAUUUGUAUUGGAAUUAUCAUUGUUGCAGUUCCCAGAUAUCAACCUCCACCUUCUGAUUGGAAAAUAUUAACAGAAAACGUCACAAACUUAGGUGAAGGCUUCAAAGACAUGCGUCAAACAAUGGAGCAGAAGGCACCCAAGGAAGAUGUCAUGGAUAAUAUUUUCAAACUGCAGGAGCUUUUCCAGAAUCACACAAUCCUAUUCCUUCAACUGAGUCAGUCUGUCCAGAAACUGGAAAACAAGUUACAGAGUUUUGAGGCACGCAUGGAUGACAUUAAUGCAUCUGUGAAUGAUUUAGAUGAUGAUUUACAACAGUUCAGUUCAACAAAUAGACAAGAGAUAUACAAUUUGUCUAUAAGUAUAAACAGUGCACAGGGUACACUGCGACACCAACAAGCAAACUUGAAACAAAUAACAUCAAAUGUAGGAAAUCUUAGCAGGCAGGUAAAGGAGGCACGUUGGACUCUAAAUGCAGUCAAUGGCACCUUCACAGAGGAUAUAAGCAUCCACCAUACAAGUCUACUGCAGCUUCAAAUACAAGUUGCAAAUGUGUCAGAAGAUGCAAAAAUAUUGAAAGUCAUUCAGCAAAAUAUAGAGAAACAACUGAAAGAUGAGGUAGCCAUACUCAGCAAUGUCACAGAAGACCUGAGACUGAAAGACUGGGAACAUUCAAUUACCCUGAAAAAUCUUACCUUAGUGCAGGGGCCUCCUGGGCCAAAAGGUGAAAAGGGUGAUGACGGAUUGGAUGGACUUCCUGGACUCACUGGUGUAGCUGGGAAAAAAGGUUUACCUGGCUUGACAGGAGCACCUGGAAUACCAGGCCUCAAAGGAGAUCCAGGAGAACGUGGCCUACCUGGAUUUUCUGUCAAAGGACAAAAGGGAUCAUGGGGUCGUAGAGGUGAGAGAGGAAGAAAAGGAGAAAAGGGGGAGAAAGGUGAUCAAGGAGAACUUGGACCUAUCAUAAGACUGGUGAAUGGAUCAGGACCUCAUGAAGGCAGGGUGGAGGUUUUCUAUGACCAGCUCUGGGGAACAGUGUGUGAUGAUAAAUGGGACAAACAGGAUGCUGAAGUGGUCUGCAGGAUGCUCGGUUAUAAAGAAGCUUAUGAAAUUCACACGGCAAAUAAAUUUGGUCAAGGUACUGGUCAUAUCUGGAUGGAUGACGUUGCUUGUACGGGAGCUGAGGAGACGAUUCUUCAAUGCAAAUUCUCAGGAUGGGGAAAAACUAACUGUGGGCAUGCAGAGGAUGCAGGAGUAGUCUGCAAGAUUGACUGAUUUGGAAAGGGAAUCAUUGAUCAUUUAAACAUUUUCAUUUUAAAUGGUAUUUGUUUCUGCUUUGAUUUCUCUUUUAUUGUUAAAAACCCUGUUAAAAGUAAACCCAUUUUUCAUAAUUUAAUCAUUUAUUUCACAAUAUCUAUGAAAAGCAGUUAUAUUCAAGAAAUAUUAUGUGUGAAAAAGACCAUUAUUAUAAAUAGUUAUAUUGUUUGAUAAUCACAAUUCUUUGCACUGAAGAAUAUGGACCCAAAUUUUAUAGUUCUUGUUACUGGCAUGACUUUGAAAAGCAGCAAUAGAAGAAAACGUUAUUACUGUCAUUUGUUCCUUCCAUUAAGUUGGUGUUGAAUUACUAGCUAUAUGUUAGAAUGAUCUGGGGUAUAUUGGCAGUCCAAGAUGUUCAAACAAAACCUGCAUUUGAUAUAUGAAUAUUUAUUUUUCCAAGAUGGCAUCUCAAAUAUUCCAUUCAUUAACAGGGUUGACAUAAGAAUUAUAUCCUCACCCAGAGCUCAUUGCAAUUUUGUCUAAGAAUUAACCACUUUAAGUGAUGCAGUGCUGCAAUAUCCAAAUCCUGCAACAUAACUUACAGCAAAGGAAUGAACUGAAUUGUGCUGGUAGCUUCUCACAUAGCAUGUUUCUAACUAAAGGGUAUUAGAACAUAGGACAUAGGAUUGCAGACUAAGUUAUUGACCCCUCAAGAUUCUACCACCAUUCAACUGGAACACAGCUGACCUGCACAGCAAUCAUAAUUAUCUGCCUUUAUUCCAGGGAAUUUAUUUUACAAGAUGCCAAGGUAGAAGCCCAGGUGAAAAACAGCUGGCCUGCAGCGAGUUAACAGUCAAUUGGCUUGAAAUAGACUGUCAGUGGAGUUUCCAUGUUUUAGAGAUAUGAAGUUCCACUUAAAAUGCAGCCAGCUAAUCAGAUGCCAAAUGUCUUCCAUGACUAGCAGGGGCACCAGGCACAGAGGUCAUUCUCAAUGCUUCAUUCAUGAUCAAGAGACAUUCAGUGGUGGAUCGUUGGCUCUCGCAACUGGAUGUGGCAUUUGCAGUAUGAGAGGCCAUAAAGUGACGGACAGUGGUAACACAUUAGGAGCCAUUCUAUGGACCCAGGGGCAUGUUAGAUGGUGCCCUUCCCCUGUCCAUCCCAACCUAUACAGGGAAGCCUACGAGUUUAGGAAGAGGUGGCCUCUCUUGUUGUUUGUAAUCUCAUCAUUUAAGGGUCUUAAUCAGCCCACUGGUGGCUGGCUGCUGAAUGCCUCUCCCUCCACUGCUAAAACCACAGGAGGGGCAGGGACAAUUGGGUUGCAGUGAGCAGGCUGGCAAUCUUUAAACAUCUUUAAACAAUCUUUACACUGGUAGGACAAUGCAAAGUCCAGAACUAUAUUUCUGUUAAUUCUAAGAAACAAAUAUUAUCUCAAACUUUGAAAGCUUAAUUGACACAAGAUCCACAGACUUAUGGGAGAUUGCUACUAGUUUCAUCAUGAAGUUCUCUCUGAUUAUAUUAAAGAAUUGCUUGGCUUUAAUUUUAAGGUUAUUCACUUUUGUUCUGGAUUCUCCUAUCAGUAAAAAUAAUUUGGAUUAAAAAAAUUAUCAGUCUCAUGUUCAGAUCCUGUGAUCGUGAAGCAUAAUUAUCCUGAGCUUGGACAAGUUGAGACAGACAGCACAUAAGCUUCAGAUGACUUGUUCACCUCAAUGAUUAUGCUGUGCAGCCCAUCCAAAACAUGCUUCUAACUGACUGCAACUUAACAGAGAACUUAGGAACGUGUGAUAAAGGCAACUCACUCUCUUAAAGGAGAAGUGCUUUCAUGCUGCAGCAGCAGUUGCUGGAACUGGAACAGAAAGUGUUGGAGGUAAGAUAGGAAGCUUCAAAUGGAGCAACCUGAAGCUCUAUCUUCAUAAAACAAUCUCUACGUAUCUAGGAUUGGCUUAGUUAACCUUCUCUGGGCUGUCUCUAAUAACAGUAUAUUUUUCCUUCAAUAAAGGGCCCAAAACUGUUCACAGUAUUUCAGCUAUGAUCUGAUUAAUGCCUCAUAUACUUUCAGCAAGACUUCCCUACUUUUAUACUCCAUUCCCUUUGAAAUAAAGGCAGACAUUCUUGCUGAAUUUAUAUGCUAGCUUUUCUGCAUGAGGACUUGUAAAUCCUUCUGUGCUGUACCUUUUUGCAGGUGUUCUCCAUUUAAAAAAAUAUUUAGUUCCUCAACUCUUCCUGCCAAAGUGUACAACUUCACAUUUUCACACAUUAUGUUCCAUCAGUUAAAUUUUUGACCAUGUCCUUAACCUGCACAUAUCCCUCCUUGGACUCUUUCUAUCAUACUUAACAUUUGUUUUCAAACCUAUUUUUGUAUCACCCGCAAAGUUGACUAUUGUAUAUUCAUUUUUUUCGCGUAUAUCAUUAAUAUAUAUUGCAUAUAAUUGUGGUUCCAGCACUUACCCCUAAGACACUCUUCGAGUUGCAUCUUGCCAUCCUGAAAAUGCCCCCCUUAUCCUAACUCUCUGUCUUCUACUAAUUAGUCUGUCAGUCUAUCUAUCUAUCUUAAUGUACUUCCUCUAACACCAUAGAUUUUUGUCUUAUUAAGUUGUCUAAAGCAUGGUGUCCUAUCAACUGCCUUCUGAAAAUGCAAGUAUAUUAUUUCUUCUUUAUCUAUCAUAAUUGUUACCUCCUCAAAAAAUUCUAAUAAAUUUGUCAGGCCUAAUUCCUCUACAUGAAGCCAUGCUGUCUCAGCUUGAUCAUAUUAUGUGUUUUAAGAUGCUUUCUAUUUUAUUGUUAAUGACAGAAUCUAACAAUUUCCCAAUGACAGACAUUAAGCUAACUGACCUAUAAUUCUUGGUUUUGUCUUGUCUUUUCAUGUUUUCUAAUCUUCCGGAAUGCAGAGUCCAAGGACUCUUGGAGGAUUUCUACCGUUGCAUCCACUAUCUCUGCAGCUACUUCCUUUAAUAUUCAAGAAUGCAUCCCAUCCAGUCCAGGGGACUUACCAGUCUUUAGCCCCAUUAAUUUCCCUGGUCCCUUUUCUCUUGUGAUAGUUAUUAUAUUUGUUUCCUCUCUUCCUUUUACCCUUUGAAUAUUUAUAAUUUUGAAAUACUAAUAGUAUCUUAUACAGUGAACAUUGAUGCAAUGCAUAUAUUCUACUCCUCUGCCAUUUCCUGGUUCUCAAUUAUUAUUUCUUUGGUUUUGUUGGGUAAUGGUAGAGCAAGCAUGAAGAGUCAAGUGACCUGCACCUGCAACAAUUUUCUAUGUUGCCUUCUCGAAGAGCCGAGUGUAACUUUGGUUGCUCUCUCCUUUUAUGUGUAAAGAAGCUCCUGCUGAGCAUCUUGAUAAUAUUUGCAAAUUGAUCCUCGAAAUGUUACUCCUUCCUCUUUAUUACUUUUUGGUCAUCUUUUGUUGGUUUUUAAAAUUUACCCAAUCCUGUGUCUUACCACUAAUCCUUGAUGCAUUGCAUUGUUUUUCUUUCAAUUUGAUACUAUCCUUAAUUUCCCUGGUUAAAUGUGGAUGAGGAAUAGUGGGGGGGGGGGGGGGGUUGGGAAGAAAGGGAUGAUGUUACCACAGGAGACUAGAAGGGUCUCAGGACAAAUCCUCUGUAUGAAGUGGGGCCAGGUAGGCAGAAAGGUCAAUUUCGGGGUCUGCCCAUUAGCUUAGUGACUGGUAUACACUGAUACUUGAUCUCCUUGCUGCUCCACAGUUCUUUUUCUUUAAUAUUCAUUCUUAUGAUAUGGGUGUUACUGUUAUUAAAUACCAUCAAUUUUGCUGGAGGAGGUGAUGGUGUGCUGUCCACUUGAACCAUGUGGAAAAGGUAGUUCCAGAGUAUUUUUAGUUAGGCAUCUGCAGGAGUUUGGUCCAACAAUGAGAGAACAACAAGUUUAAUUUAUGUAGCACCUUUACAAUAAUUAAACAGCAUAACAUGCUUUAUAGGUGUGUUACAUAACAACGUUUGACACUAAACUACACAAGGAGAUAUUCAGCAAGAUGAUUUAAAGGCUUGGCAAACGAGGUAGGUUUUAAGGAGAGAAUGGAAUUUCAGACCUUCGGAGUCAUGCAGCUGAAAAUACGCCUGCUAAUUGUGGAAAUAGUUAAAAUCAGGAAUGUAAAUAGAACAGAGUUUGAGAAAUCCAAUGAUUGGGAUGUGGAGAGUGUUGUCAAGCUACAAAACAUUACAGAGUUAGGGAGGGGCAAAGCCUUCAAAAGAUUUGAAAACAAGGAUAGUGCCAUAUGUGGGACAGAGAAAAUUCACCUGACAACAACAUCGCUUCAAAUUUAUGUGCUAGCAAAGAGACAACCGAGUGCCAUGAUCACUUAUGUGCAAACACAUGCAUCUCCAGGUCUUUUACCUUUUGUUUGCCACUUCUUUAUACCAUGCCCUCCCCACAAUAGCAAAGAUAUCUGAUGAGUUAACAUGCUUCUUAAUAUAAGCCAGAAGCCAGUUUUAUUUCUCUGCUUUUCUUUUCUCCUAUUUACUUGUCUCCAACACUUUGAAUUUAAGGCAAUUUUUGUUCCCUACACACAUGUAUUUAUAUGCAAAUAAGAUUACAUGUUAAUAUUGCAAUUGGGAAAUUGGUAUUAAACCAAUGCAAACUACAGUGAAAGUGCUUUACAUAUUAAGGUAAACUUUCUCUAUCUGUCUUACCUUGACAGAUACGAUAGGGGUUUAUGAUAACUAUUUUACUGUAGCACUGAGUUCAAUUCAGUAAUAAUAGUGAUGAAAGCACUUACCUAUUGACUUUUAGAACUUGUGAACAAUUUUCAGAGCUUCACACAUUAAAAUGGCCACUUUCUGACAAAAUAAUGCUGUAUAUGAAAGUCAUACCUGUUUAAUUGUGAAGAUUUUGAUUAAUUUCCACUUUUUUCAUACUUUAGUCAGUUUUUGUAUCUGGGCAGUGGCAACAUCUCAGUACUCUGCUGUUCCUCCCUCUGUAGCAUUGAUUUUUUUUCCAAUCACAGUUUACAGAUAAAGAACUCACUUGAAAACUUACCUCAGGUUAUACAAAAUAAAAAGUGAUAAUAAUUUUGAUGGUCCUCCACUUCUUUUAAUGUGAAAACAAGGUAAUCACAGAAUGACAGGAGUGUUAUGGCACAGAAGGAGACCAUUUGGCCUAGUGUUCCUGCACUGGCUGUUCAAAUGAGCAUCAUUACCUGAAACUUACUUACAAGAUGGCGGUAGAGUCAGACUCCUAAGCCAGAACCCGUCUGCUCUGUCUGUUUCUUUUAUUUUUCUCUCUCUCUUUUUUGCAUUUUCUUUCUAUUUCUUUCUACCUCCCUUCCUCAGGCAGCAUCAGUGAUGUCCGGAGUAAAAGCCAGCAUGGACUCCCGGUUCAGUCCAGUCUGGGUUAGAUGAACUAUUAUUCUGAACACUUAAUUCUCUAUUUUUCUAAUUAAUUGCUGGAGUUUUAAAUUGCUUUAUUUUUCUGAUUUUUUUCCCUAAGAAUUUGUUCUUAAGAAUCUGUAAGUUGGUACCUAGGAUGGCAUUAUAAGUGACGACCUGUAAACUUGUGAGUACAUGUGAUAAUAAAGCUAAUUCUAAUUCUA